CGAAAGCAGCGAGCUUGCUAGGCACCGUGAACGGGGACUCGACGAUUCGUUCUCGAUAAUAAACAUUAUUUUACACACUUUUUGUGUUAUAUUUCAUCUAAAAUAUCGUUGAUGCAUUUAACGACAAUGUAGGUUUUAUUUUUAGCAAAUGGAUGAGACAUGUAAGGUGAUCUGUUCCUGGACCUCAGGUAGACGCUGAUCCACUGAGGGAAAUGUGCUGACACAGAUCAUGAAGAAAAUAUUCAAUUUCAAGAAAAAGAGGGGCUCCCCUAGCCCAUCUGAGACAGGGAGCAUGUUGUCAGCCAGCUAUGAUGUGAAGGAGAAGGACCUCGGGAAGGUGCACAAGGCUGCGUGCAGUGGAGAUGUGGCCAAACUCAGACAGCUGGCCAAAAAGAAUGAUUUGAAUCAGCUGGAUAAGGAAAACAGAACUGCGCUGCAUAUCGCUUGUGCUUGUGGACACACAGAUGUGGUUCAGUUUUUGGUGGAGAGCAAAGUGAAGCUAAACUUAUGCGACAAUCAGAACCGCUCCGCCUUAAUGAAGGCAGUUCAGUGUGAGCAGGACCGUUGUGUGUCUUUGCUCCUGGAGCACGAGGCUGACCCCAACCUAGUGGACAUCAAUGGAAACACGGCACUGCACCUGGCCGCCCGCAUCCCCUCCCUACCUGUGGCACUGCAGCUCUUAGAGUACUCGCCCAACAUCAAUGCCCAGAACAAGGAUGGCAACACUCCUCUGAUGCUAGCUCUGAUGGAAAACCACCCAGACAUGACAGAGCUUUUACUGAAAGAGGGAGCAGACGUUAAUGUGAAGAACCAGGAGCAACGGUCUGGAUUGAUGAUAGCAGCAUGCAAUGGACAAAUCAGUAUGGUCAAAUUGCUCCUGCAAUAUGAUGCUGACAUCACCGUGAAAGACGAUAAGGGAUGGUCUUCUGAUGAUUAUGCUGUCAUGAAUGGACACCAUGCCUGUUCACAUCUGAUCAUCGAGCAUGGAACAAAGAGAAAAUCUCUGCAGUCUCCAUACAAUUUAACUGCCGACAAAAAGAAACAGCUGUCCAUUCUGAGAAGUCCCAGCGGUUUUGGGGCCGGUUUGCCUCUGGGAGGGCCAGCUCUGGAUGAAGAUGAUACUGAGGACAGUUCCCAUACAAACUCCAUUAGCAGGGCAUCAAAAAGUGGUGCUGCUGAUUCCUGGCCUUCAUCGGAUGAAGAUGAGUUAGAUUUGAGUCCAAAGAAACCGAAAGUGAACUUAAAGAAACUUAUAAGCACCUCCAAAAGGGAAAAUAUAGAGGUCAUAGCCAAAAGGAAUGCAGACAAAUCCUGGAGUGGAUCAGAGUCCGAGCCAGGCAGUGAAGGCAAGACUGCAAAGCACCCACCUCUAUCCAGACCCCUCCCCUUCAGCAGCACCUCCACCCAGCCCCCUGUAGCACCCUCACACGCCUCUUUACCCCACCCACCCCAGAUGAGCUCCACCCCCUUCAGCAGCACCUUUAAGGAGGAAGCCUCCACAGAAGAUGAAGAGAAGGAUGGAGAAGAAGAAGAGGAGGAUGAGAAGAAAGGACUAGAUAAAAUGUGCGCUAAUGAUCCUCAACAUGGAAGAACUUCCAAAGGAAAUAAAAGGGAUUUCCUUUCAGAGUUAGGCCUUGAGAAGAAAGAUGAAAAUGACGAUUCCCCUUGGGACUCAGAGUCUGGUUCUGAGAGCCCAAGGAAAAAACAACACAAUAGUCCACACACUCCUGCCAAAUCACAUAUAUCCAUGAUCAGUAUUUGUGAGGAGAACCUUGAAGACUUGUUAUACGUUCCCUCCUUCGUAGGAGGUAGGAACGUUAAUGUAUUGAGAAGUUUAGGCCAAUCUGGAAGCUGCAGGUCGAUGGUUUUAAGAAAUGAUGAGGAGGAUGAGAAAAAGAAGGAAACAGAAAUACCGCCCAAAGUGAUUAAAAGGGAGCCAGUGUCUGUUCUUAGUAAACUGAUGGAUUUAAAGGAAGCUGAUAAGAAAACAGACCUGAUGGAGGAACUUGGUUUGGGAGAUGCUGAUGAUCUUGAAGAUGCCUCUGAUUGGGACACUGCCAGCACCACUAGUAAGGCCAGUAAAAACUUUCCAGUUUAUAAGCUGGAGGAGGAACCCCUCCACGAAAACCCAGCUACUCCCACGCUAUCUAUCACGCCCCAGGAGCAUGACAUGGACACCAGGGAACAUAAAGAAGCCAGCCCAGAGGAAAGCAAACCAACAACCUCAACCACACCACCUCAACCUAGUCCACGAUCUCUAAACCCAAAUACCAGCUCAAAGCUGCGACCACUGCCACGACUGCACCUGGACUCAAACCAAAGACCAGAGAGUGAAGAUUCAGACUGGGAUACUGACACCUCCAGUCCAGCCAAGAUAAAAAAUUCACUGCCAAACAUCGCUGAGCCUCUUGCAGUUCCUCCGCAAAAACCUACAGCAGAUGAUGUUGAUGGUGACAGGAGCUAUGACGAACAUGCUGAUCAGGCAAGAGAGGCAUUACGAGCAUCUUCUGUAGAUGUAAGUAGCCUGUAUAAUGACCCGUUGGAGCUCCCAACCUCCCUUGAAGAUGAGGGGAGGAGAGAUGGGGAGAAUGAGGAGAACGCUAGUUUGAUUCCCUGGGAGGAACGUUAUGAGAAGAUUUGGGUGGAGAAGGAAAAGGAGGAGACCAAAUCCCAAUACAGAAAUGUAGCUGCUGAACUUAAGGAGAGAUUUGGAGAACUGGAGCACAAGGAACCAGGUGACCAUUCAGAGCAGGAAGGAGAACAAGAUGAUGUAGAGGAAGAGGGAGAAGUUCCAGAAGAAAAGAAGGCAGAUAUUGAAGACUCCAGUGAGGAAGAGGGGGAGCCGAUAGUGCUUGCCAUGGCCCAAGCGAGAAGUGCCGUACUUUUGCCCAUUCCUGAGCAGAGAGAGUCAGGCUUGGAGGACUCGCAGUCCGAGGAACCUCCAGAAACUGUGCAAUACAUGUUUAGUGUUAAGGUCAGCGAUGCAGGCCUUCAUCAAGAUAACCUUCCAAAGGAUCAAUACCUCCAAGUACCAAUUAGGGAUGAGGCCCAUAAGCCAGAGUACCAAGCAGACAACUCAGAUGACAAUCAGGGAAAUUUCUUCACUUUUAGCAGAAGCAAAGAAAAUUCUGACGAUGCUGGUAGGAGCCAUCCAGAAUCUGGAAGUGACUUAGAUGUAGUACCUGAAGAAGUCAAGGCUUACGGAGGUCCAUUGCUUGAUGCUAGUCAACAGGUCCCACCUAAUAUUCUGGAAGUGCCCUCUUCCGACUCUGAUGAGGUUGAGGAGGGCCUGUCGAAGUCCAGACAUGAGGGUGAAAAAGAGAAGGCCAAUAAUAUGAGGGGAGACCAGGAAAGCAGUGCCUUCUGGGAUUCGGGAGAAUCCAGAGAACAAGCCGAACUUGACCAAGGAAAAGGAGGGGAAAUUGACACCAACUCUGGCAACCCAAAACCUCAACAGGAAGGGAUGGCUGAUGGCAGAUCUUUGGGAAUAGAGGGUAGUGUUUCACCAAGACAACGGACAAGAAGUCCAAGAAGCACUGACAGUGUGCCAGCACAUGGCGAGGAAGAUGAGGAGGAAAAGCAAACUGUUUGUAGCCAAGCGAGAAAUCUCCAUGUAGUUGCCCCCCAGCAGAACAAACCCUCACGACCUGCAGUCCGCCAUCAUGGAAACCUCGAGUCUGUCUUUGACGACAGUACUUUAAGUGAGCUGUCAGAGGAGGACAGGAGGUCUCCAUCUUCAAGGCAUAAGAAAGAGCAGAAUGCUGGAGAGCUGGAGAUGGCAGAUGAUUUUGAAGAUCUCACCCAAUCUUCUGACACAGCCACAGAAGAGAUGGACGCUCCAGUAUCUGGAUUCCGCAACGCUUCUCUGCUCUUCAAACAGCUCGACUCAAGUUAUCUCGACUCUGUAAGUGUUGUGAAGCUACAGAACAUGUUUCAUGAGUACGAACGCACCAUCCAGAGAGAGAGAGACAGACACAGCCGUCUGGCUGACAAGACCUCUCAACUGGAGCAGGAACGCAAUGAGCUGAAGAUCCUGCUGGAUGAGAUCAGAGGCAGCAAGUCCAGCCUGGAACAUCUCAAACUGGAGCUAGAGACAGACAUGAACAAUCUCAAGUUCCUGCUGAGACAGGAGCAGGAGAAGCAUCAGAGUGCUUUGAUGCUAUACAAUAAAACCCGUGAGCAGCUUCAGAGGAAAGAGGACCAGCAGCGGGCCGAAGCCGAGGAGAGACACAAAGCUGAGCUAAGAGUCCGGAGUCUGGAACUGGAGAUCAGAGCUCUGAAGAACAGCAUCAAACAGCUGGAGGAGGACAGAGAUGAGUCUCUGCGUCUCCUGUCGCAUGAGCGCAGCGCUCGUGCUCUACAAGAGGAACUACUCACCAACCACCUGCGCAAGCAACAGGACAUCGAGGAGGAAAACCUGCGAAAACUCAACAAAAGCAAUGAAGCCUUGUCUCAGCUAACCGAGGCUUCAGACCGCGAACGAGAGAUGCUGCAGCAAAUUCGCAGUCUUCAAGAUGAGCUGAACGGUGCUCGGGCAGAGCUGGACCGCUCUCAGUCUCAUUGCCGACAGGAGGAGUCACGACUGGCCGAGGAGAGAGAUGCCCUAAGCGAGAGGCUUGAGGACUCUCGUAGGGACCUGAAACAUAGUGAAGAGGCCUUGGCACAGACCGUGUUCCAGUUCAACGGGCAGCUGAGUGCACUGAAGGCCGAAUGCUCAGUAAUCACAGCAAAACUGGAUCAUGAGAGGCAAGUGAGGCAGCAACUGGAGGCAGAGGCUGAGGUGAGCCGGGCACGACUGCAGGGAGCACUACAGGAGGCCGAGAGAUGUCAGGCGUCACUUACAGAUGCAGAGCGCACACUUCAGCGAGACCGUGAGGAACACCAGCGUACACAGGAAAAGCACAUCUUCGAAUCCAACACCCAACGCGACACCAUUCAGUCCCUCUCGCAGAAGCUCAGCAAGGUCGAGGUGCUCGCCAACAGCCUAGAGAAUGAGUGUCACCGCAGCGCCUUGGCCAUUACGGAGAAAGGCGUCCUGUUGGAGACACUCGCCCGGGAGAAAGACCAAGCCCUGGCCAAACUCAAAGAACUGGAGGUGGCGAUAUUGAGCGAACGCGAGCAGGCCAGCCGUGCCGGAACGAAACAGGAAACCAUGCAGGAGAGACUCGCACAGGCUCAGAGUGAGAGCGCUCUGCUACGACAACAGCUGGAGGAGGCGCUCAACAAGGGGUUGGCGAAGGACAAGGUUGUUACAGACGUGCACCAGAACUUCACUGAGAUGCUAAACCAGUUACGUGCGGACGGAGAAGAGAGAGUCCACCUGGUGGAGGAAAGAAGCAAAGAGCUGGCAAAGAUGAAUAGCGAGCUGAGAGAGCAAAACUAUAAAGUAGAGCAAGAGAAAGCUGAAAGAGAGAGUUCUCUGAGACAGCUUCAGCAGGAACUUGCUGACUGUCUCAAGAAGUUGUCCAUGUGUGAAGCCUCUCUGGAGGUCAAUACGCGAUACCGUAACGACCUGGAGGAAGAGAAGACACGCACACUCAAAGACAUGGACAGACUGAAGGGGAAGCUCCAAGAGUCUGAGGAACAGUAUGUCCAGGCAGAGAGACGCAUCGGUAACCUAAAGAGCUCUCUAGAUGAAAAGGAGCGAGAGGCCUGCAAUACCGCUCAGAAACUAAAGGAGGCGCUAACUGCUUCUACCGGCAAAGAGCAAACAAUUAAACAGCUGGAAGAGGCGGUGCAGAGGUUAGAGAUUGAAUACGCCAGACUAGAGGCCACGGCAAAACAGCAGAACAAUCGCAUCGAGGUGCUGCAGAAGGGAGUACAGGAGGGUACUGUGCUAUCAGAUUCACCUGGAGAAGGGGUCAGAAAUCGUUUGGAAGAUCUCGUCUCAAACCUGCAGAGCAGUAAAAUGACUCUAGAAGAGCAGCUCAACCGAGAGGUGCAGAAGCAAAGUAUGUUAUCUCAUAAUGCCCAGGACUCGCAGGCGCUGUGGGAGGAGGAGCUAAAGGGCCGCUCGCGACUGGGACUCCGCCUCUCUGAGCUGGAGAAAGAGAAAGGAGAACUGACCAAUCAGAUGGAGCUUGAGAAGAAAAAAGCCAAAAAGCUGUUAGAGCAGAAGAAGUCAGUGGACACUCGACUGGAGCAGGAGAUGCAGAGAAACACUGACCUUCAGAAAGAAAUGUACAGGUUAAAGACUCUGGUAAAGACGGCUAAGAAGCAGCUGCGUGAACAUGGUGCGGGACAGCUGGAAUCUACUCUGGGCAGCUUCAGAGGAGACGUGAGUCACAGACUGGAGACAGAGAGUGUUGUCAGCCGCAUGAAGACUAAGGUGGAUGAACUUCAGUCUCAGUACGAGCGGGAGGUGUCUCGUUGCUCCCGUCUGGAGGAGGUAAACCGGCAGCUGAAGGAGAAGCUGGUGUCAGCGAAGAGCCUGAGCCGCAGUCAUGAGCAGCUGGAGCGAAGUAAUAGGCAGCUGGAGGAGGAGCUGGCCCGUCUGCGCAGACAGCUUGAGUCUGGUGUGAUGGAUCAGAGUCAAGCCGAGCAGUACCGCCGCGAGACGGAGGAGAAAGCGCGACAGGAGAUCAGACACAAACUGGAGGAGGUUAACCUCUUCCUGCAGACGCAGGCUGCUUCACAGGAUGCUCUGGAGCAGAUGAAAGCUGCUAACGAGGCGAGUAAGCGCACUCAGCUGGAGCAGUGCAUCAGAGAUCUGGAAGGUGAACUCAGUCGUCUGCGCAGCAUUCAGCAGGACAGUCUGGUGCAGAGAGACUCCAGCCACACUGAACUGGAACGCUACAAGCAACUGUACAGUGAAGAACUGCGUCUCAGGAAGAGUCUAGCCUCUAAACUAGAGAGGUCAAAUGAACGGUUAGCAGAGGCCAACACUAAACUCCUGAGCGAAAGACAGCGCAGUAAAUCUCUGCUCACCAGCAGUAUAGUGAAUGGCGGUUUAGGAGGUCCCACUCUGGAUGUGGCAUCUCUGGGUACUGUUGGGGCAUACGGUGCCUCUCUAGGACCACUGAACAGGAGUCUGGGUCUUGCGUCCCCUCUGCUGGGUGCAGUAGGGGAAUCGCAGAGCAGCCGUGUAGAAGCCUACCUGGCAAAGAUGCACACAAAGCUGGAGAAAAGCAUAUCAAAAGAGUUGGACUAUGUCACAGGAGAGUUGGAAGGAGGUUCUGCGCGUCUGUCUCCAGUGGGCUCGGCUUCUGGUUCUCAGAAUUUAAACCUUAGCAUGACCCUGGAACAGCCGGAUCCAGUGAGCAAAGCCACUCAGCAGUACCUGGAUGUGCUCAAGAAGAAUUAUAUGAUCUGACCCAGGGUCAGUCCAGACACUGUGAACCCAAUGAACACCAACUAUAAAAUUUGUUGUCCUCUCAUUGGUGUCAAAAAGCACCUCAUUAGUUUAUGUUUACUGAACUUUUUGUGAAAGGAGUUUUAUUUUUGAACUUCACCUAAAAAGAUAAAGGUAUAUAUCACACAAAAAAAAACAAUCUGCCAUCAUUUACUCACUCUCAUGUCGGUCCAAACCUGUAUGAUUUUUAUUUUUCCAUAGAACACAAAAGGAGAUGUUUAGCAGAAUGUCUGAACUGCAGAAUUCUCAGAAAAUACAGAUUUAAUUCAGAUUACACAUUAUUUUUAUUUAUUUGUCUGCAACAUGAAAAGGAAGCCUGUAAUCAGUGUAAUCAAGCAUUGUUUAGUUUUUUUCACGUUUUUUUGGAGCAUGUUCAGAACAAUUCUCAUCACCACAACACACAAAACCCUGCCUAAAAUGCUCCGAGUAAUGCUCUAAACAAAUUGAAACAUAUCUCACCCAAUUUAUUUAAAAAUAAAUUAUUUAUCUCCGAAACACACUUACCGAAACACACCAACCAAAUUUGCACCUUUUUUUUAUUAUUUAAAAAAAUAUAUAUUUUUCAGAUUAAUCGAAAACAAAUUAUAACAAGAUGUCUAAUGAUGGAUCUUAGAAUAAAUGGUCAGAUUUUGCAUUUAAUAAUGAUUAACAUUUUCAAAUGUAAUUGUCUUUAAUUUAAUUGUAAAGUUUUCAGUAAUGAUAAGUACGUUGCGGUAAUGAGAAUUAUUUGCCUGCUCUUUUUUCAUACAAUGCAAAUGAAUGUAGACAAGUGCAGUCAAGCUCUAAAAAUGACAUAACAGCACUAUUAAAGUAGUCCAUACAGCUCAUGUGUGCUAUGGAGGUGAAAGGUACAAUUUUCAGUGAAUAACUACUUAAAUUUCAGAAGCACACAAAUUGAACUGACUAUUUUCAUGUCGCUUUUAUAGUGAUUCUAUGUCAUUUUUGGAACUAUCUUUAGUGUUAAAAAAUGUUUUAAAAAAAAAACAUUGGAGAUUUUGGGUUGCAAUGGAGUUUGGAAUAACAUGAGGGUGAGUAAAUGAUGACAGAGUUUUCAAUUUAUGGUGAUAAAUAUGGCACUUAUAUUCAUACCAGUGGUCUUUACUCCUGCUGGUCCGAAACUGUGCGGCCUGGGAAUAAUCUGUCAUUUUAUGAACACUGAAUGUUUAAGUAAAAAUGACAGUAAUAUAUUAUUUUUGCAGUCUGGACCGAGUUCCAAAUGCACAACUUGUGCUUUACUGCUACAAAAAUGACACAAAAAUCACCAAAAGGGCCAAAGUUUCAACACUGCCAAUAAAACCAGUUUUUACAUUUGUCCUCAAGUGUAAAGUGACGACGCACUUUGUGCUCAGGAACAAAUGAACUGUGUUUUUAAAACUGUUUGGUACGUGUGCAGCGUUCCCCUAUGAAAUAUUUCAUGCCGUUACAGCUCAGUGGUGUUUUAGUUUACAAUGUAUAUAUUUUGCUUGUUUUUGUUGUCAGUGCAUAUUAUGACAAACUGUUAAACUUGUACGUUUAAUAUUAUUGCCAAGUAAUAAUGGUACAUCGUACACUACAGUGCAAUAUAUGAGUUUUUUUGGGGGGGGGAAACAAAUGCUAUACAUGAAUAAGAUGAAACAAGACAAUGAUCUGGUGACUUUUCAAGAAUGCUUGACAAAGUCACCACUUUGCUCAGGACGAUUUGUGUCGAUGUUUGGGCAAAUUUCACAAAGAAAUGUCCAUUUCAGAUACAUUGCACACAGAAAAUGAAACUUAUUUUUAUGCAUCGCGGCAUGAUUUUUAUGACCACUAAGCACUUUUCCCCCAAAAUCAUUUUAAAUUGUAAAGGAAAUUUGUAAAGUACAAUUGUAAGGAUACAUUUGUUGUACUGAACUGAAUUUAUUCUGAUUUUAAUUAGUAAAUUAUUUUAAUGAAUGGAAUUGAAAAAUAAUGGAAUUUCAUAUUAUGGAAACGUGGAGGCGGAAUAGUGCUUAAAACUUUAAAGAAUUGGUCAUACAUUUUAUAUUUCAUAAAGAAACUUACUGCAUUGCAAAACUAAAUAAUACUUCAAAUGUGAAAUGUACAAUUGUAAGUGUACAGUUGAUGUACUGAAUUGAAUUUUAUUGAAAAUUAUUUUAAUUUGUGAGAUUAAAUGUUUUGCAUUUCAGUGGUUUUCUUUAUGAAAAAUGCAAUUUAUUUCUCAUUUUUGGGUGAAAUAAGGCCAGUCUUAGUCUUUUGUCAACCAAAAUGUGUACAAUCCAUUCCAAAUAUUUCAGUAUUGUUUUUGU